AUGCCACCCAGUAUCAACGCAUGCCUUUCCUGCCGCAAGGUGAAGAUGAAAUGCGUGACCAGUACGGAAAGUGAAAGGUGCGAUCGCUGUCUUCGCAAGGCAUUGACAUGUGUCUUCCGCGAGCACUGCCGGGGGAGGAGGCCUGGGAUGCGAUUAGCGAGAAAGCAGCGCAGACCAGAACAUGGCGCGAGCACCGUCCAAGAAGUCCAACCCAGCCCAACUGAUUUCUGGGCUGAAUCCGAUGGCUUCCAACCACAUGGUCUGUUGAGCCACCAAGCCAUGCAGGGGAAGUUCUCGCUGCAGAAUAUCCUCAGCGUAGACCAUGGCCCUGGCACUUCGCCAGAUACGCAAGCUGCAGGUCUUGAUGGUGAGCAACCGUCCGAUGAACAAUCACAGCCACAGCCACAACCUCCAGCUGUUUCCCAAGAAGACCCCAUAGCCCUUGGCCUAAUCAACAUGCAUGUGGCCACGCACCUCCACGAAUACUUCAUGGGCAAGAUAAACCCCUAUAUCAGCCAGCUCGACCCGCUAUUACAUACAUUCCGCUACCUCCAGAAAGUGCCAUUCCUCCUCACAGCCGCCCUUGCCGUGGCGGCAAAGGCCUUCGAGUCCGCUUUAUACCCGCCGCUCCACGAGCACGCAGAGAACCUCUUCGUUGAGUGUGUCAGGCGAGGGGAUAAAUCCGCAGAGAUCGUCCAGGCCAUCCUGCUGCUUACGUAUUGGAAAGAGCCUAAUGACACGAGGGCUUGGAUGUCGGUUGGCCUUGCGAUUCGGAUGGCUUUCGACAUGGGAUGGCACAAAUUGGCGCCGAGUGCCAGUCGUAAGUCUGGAUUGAGUGAGCUCCAAAAGAGAGCAGCGCGGAAUAUCGAGCGCACGUUUCUUGUUUUGUUUGUGUAUGAUCGCAGUCUCAGCCUGCAAACGGGUAAGCCGUGGAUGAUUGAGCGCAACGAGUUGAUUGAUGCUGCGGAGAGUUGGUGGAGGGAUGACGAGGGCCUUGCAAACUCGAAUGAUCAGUUGCUUUCUGCGUUCACGGCGCUGAGGCUGAUCACAGCGGAUACAUUUGAUUUACUGAGCCCAGCGAAGACAGCACCACAUCGGGUAGACCGUCUCCUGGGGGUUAUAGAUCAGCGGAUUCAAGCAUGGCAGAAAAGGUGGCUGGAGAUUAUCUCGAGUAACUCCAGCGCGCUAUCAAGCCAUGGAGGCUUAAACCGGAAACACGCCUGCCACAAAUUCCUGGUCACAUUCUACGGCUCACACCUCCGCUUACAGCUCUUCUCAGUGCCUCUACAGGAAACACGUAUCCGGAACGCAGAUGGGACAUUCGAUCUCAAGCCCUUCUGGCUUAGCUACCAGAGCGCCCUGGAUAUGAUGCAGCUUGUGACCGAGUCCUCGGGUUUAUUAUAUCUUGCUCAGGAUUCAGUCCAUGUUAUGACUGCUUACGCGGCUAUAUUUCUCAUCAAGCUACCCUCAUUAAAGCUCCUCCUAUCCUCUCCACACCCAAUACGGCAGGAAAUAGAGCCAGUAACAACGAAGGCCAUUCGCGACGCGGCCGGAACGUUCGCGGGCUUAUCAGCGCCUCCAACCUCGAGUUGCGCGUUCCAGGCACGCUUUCUGGAGAAAAUACUAUUUGAAUAUGGACGUACACAGCAUAGCCCAAGGCCCCUAGUGGAAUCUCAUUCUGCUCCACAGCUUGGUGAACAGAGCCUGCAGGAAACCAUGAACCGCCGUAACAGUAUUCCUAUUCCGCAUCAUAACGACCUCGACAGAACAAGACCAGGCCUCGUAAACCGCUCAGAAGCUGUGCACCAAUUUGGUAUCAGCGCCCAACCUGGUCGAGUAUCAGGGCAAUCCUCAAUGUUAUCGGCAGGCCCUGGCCUGUACCAGACAUAUGGCCACACUCUGACUCACGCUACGAAUACCAGAAGCCAACUCGAAUGCGAUCAGUCGUCCAUGCAUCCGAAUCUGAGUCCACCUGCGCCAUUUGACCCGGAAAGUGAGGGCCUGGGCUUCCUGUUCGACGAGGAGAAGUGGGAUGACAUGUUUGCCAGCGCGGGGUUUAGUAUCCAGGAGGGGGUAUUCUUUCGAUAG